AACCCACCUCACUUUCCAUAAAUGCUAUAAGUUAUUGAUCAAACCCCCAAACCCCUCUUCAUAUCUUUGAGGAUAGAAGAGAAGAGGCUCCAAGAAGAAGUAGAAAAGGGUGAAAAAAUGGCAAAUGGGGGAGGAGAAGCCAUGGUGAGGAACAAGCAGAUCAUUUUGAGGGACUAUGUGGUGGGUUUCCCAAAAGAAUCGGACAUGGAGGUGAGGACUACUGCUUCGGUGCGCCUCCAGUUGCCCCAGUCCGAAGGGGUGCUGCUUGUGAAGAACCUCUACUUGUCCUGCGAUCCCUACAUGCGGAAUCGGAUGUCCAACAUCCAGGACAGCUACGUUGAGUCCUUCACCCCCGGCUCCCCUUUAAUCGGAUAUGGAGUGGCUAAAGUUUUGGAUUCUUGGGAUCCAAAAUUCAAGAAGGGUGACUUUAUUUGGGGAAUGACUGGAUGGGAGGAGUAUAGCCUAAUCACAUCAACUGGAAAUUUUUUUAAGAUUGAGCACACUGAUGUUCCCCUUUCCUACUAUACAGGAAUUCUUGGCAUGCCAGGGAUGACUGCCUAUGCGGGUUUUUAUGAAAUUUGCUCUCCUAAGAAAGGAGAAUAUGUCUUCAUUUCAGCAGCAUCUGGUGCAGUUGGGCAGCUUGUUGGGCAGUUUGCAAAGUUGCUGGGUUGCUAUGUUGUUGGAAGUGCUGGAUCAAAAGAAAAAGUUGAUUUGUUGAAGAACAAGUUUGGGUUUGACGAGGCUUUCAAUUACAAAGAAGAGCAGGACUUGAAUACAGCUUUGAAAAGGUAUUUUCCUGAAGGCAUUGACAUCUACUUUGAGAAUGUUGGGGGAAAGAUGCUGGACGCAGUGCUGUUGAACAUGAGGAACCACGGCCGCAUUGCUGCUUGUGGAAUGAUUUCACAGUACAACCUUGAGCAGCAAGAAGGUGUGCACAACUUGUUCUGUGUUGUUACAAAGCGGGUAAAAAUAGAAGGGUUCCUGGUUUUUGACUACUACCACCUCUAUCCAAAGUUCUUGGAUCUGGUUCUGCCUUACAUAAGAGAAGGCAAGAUUGUCUAUGUGGAAGACACAGUCGAAGGCCUUGAGAGUGGCCCCGCUGCUCUGAUCGGGCUCUUUACGGGUCGCAAUGUUGGAAAACAGGUGGUGGCCGUUGCUCGUGAAUAAUGUACUUCUGCUGCUGUGUUCUGGGGAUUUUUUUGGUUUGGCAGAAAAUUGUGUUGUGCCUUUUUUGGCAUUGUGUAAUGGUGUGCUCCUCUCAUCUGUUUUGGUAUUGUUUUUAUGGGUUGACUUUGAACCUUGGGCAAUUACAGAUGAGAAAAUUUGCUGUAUAAUAAUUGGGACUUGUUCUCUGUUUGAGAAACCCAAGUGUUGCUCAUCAGGAACUCCACCGCAGUUGUGAACUUGGAUUCGAUACACGCCGGACGAGUAUUUGCUGCUGCUGUGUUGAAAUGGAAUAAGUUUCCUUGUCUAGUGCAUCAUCAUUGAACUAAGGCGGCUUGCUAUCACUUCUAAUAAUAUAUUUGUUUGUGUUGCUAA